CUUCAAAAUUUUCUCUCUCCUCACAUCAAUCAUUCUCGACUUCUCUCUCUCUUCCCCUGUCUAAUGUCUUCCUCCAAUCAUACAUCACAACACUUUGAAAAUAAUUUCAAUUUUCAAGUGAAGAAGAGAAAAGAAUUUUAGUGAGAGAAGCAAUCUCUAAGAGUAAGACCAAAAUUACCCAUUAAUCCAAAACACAAAACCCAACAAAUUCUCUUUCUUCACGUCUCUCUUUCAUUUCAUUUCCUUUUUUUUUUUUCCUUUUUCUCUUCCUCUUGGAAAAAAAAAGAUCAGUUUUUUUUUGUGCUUAAUUUUGAGUUUCGUGUCAAAAUUUGUUGAUGAAAUUUCCUUUAUGCAUGUAAUUGCUCUGAAACUCUCUCACAUUUGUCCUGGUGUUUUACUGACUUCAUUAACUCCGAUUCCGUUGACCUGUUUUUAGGAGAGUAACUAUUAGAUGGUUCAGCAUGGUGAAGAUUCCAUUUUAGGCUCUUGGAAGAUUCCAUUAGUGGGUAAACCCAAAGUUAUGGGAACUAAUCCAUGGAAUAUUCGUCAAAGCUCUGUGUUUCAUACCUCAAGCGACGCUUCCUUAUUUUCCAGCUCAUUGCCUGUUCUUCCUCAUGAGAAGUUAACCACAAAUGAUCCCGGGAAUGGUCGCCAAGCUGCUGAUGAUGCCGCAGCAGGAUUGAAUAAAGUGGACCCAGAUGCUGAGGAAAAUGAUUUAGAUGACGAUAUUGUAAACCUUACAUUUGGUUAUGUGCUACCUGGCGAUGAAGAUGAGCUUUUUGCUGAUAUAGCGAAUGAUUACGAGUUUACUGCAUCAACUAACCAGAUGGAUGAUUUGGAGGAGGGUGAUUUUUUCGGUAAUUUGGGAGGGAUGGAGCUGGAGAAUGAUAUGCAGGAUAACUUAAGCCUAGAUUUGUCCAAGAUCAGCCUCUCUGAUGGCAUGACUGUUAAUGGAAUGAUUCACUAUGGCCCUGCUAAUGCGGGAUCUGUUGCCGGAGAGCAUCCAUAUGGGGAGCACCCUUCCCGAACUUUAUUUGUCCGUAAUAUCAAUAGCAACGUGGAGGAUUCUGAAUUAAGAACUCUUUUCGAGCAAUAUGGUGAUAUCCGAACUCUGUAUACAGCAUGCAAACAUAGAGGCUUUGUGAUGAUAUCUUAUUAUGACAUUCGCGAUGCUCGAUCAGCCAUGCGGGGAUUACAGAAUAAACCGUUGCGUCGACGGAAGCUUGACAUACACUUCUCAAUCCCUAAGGAUAACCCGUCUGAGAAGGAUGUUAAUCAGGGAACACUAGUGGUCUUUAAUCUGGACCCAUCAGUUUCAAAUGAGGAAUUGCGUCUAAUAUUUGGGGCUUAUGGGGAGGUCAAAGAGAUAAGGGAGACACCACAUAAGAAGCAUCAUAAAUUCAUUGAGUUUUAUGAUGUCAGAGCGGCAGAAGCGGCACUCAGGGCAUUGAACAGGAGUGAUAUAGCUGGCAAACGCAUAAAGCUUGAACCCAGCCGUCCUGGUGGGACACGUCGAAACUUGAUGUUGCAACUGAAUCAAGAGCUUGACCAUGAAGAAUCUCGAUUUCGGCAUCAUGUUGGCUCCCCAAUAACCAACUCUCCUCCUGCAGGUAGUUGGUUGCAGCAACUAAGCAGUCCUGUUAAACAUAACUCAAUGCACACUUUAAGCAGAUCCCCUGGAUACAGGACAAUGAGCCCUACAACCAACAGCCAUCUAGCUGGAUUGGCAUCCAUACUGCACUCUCAAGCAUCUGGCUCACCGAAGCUUGCACCGAUUGGCAAGGAAUUUGGUAGGGGAAGCCAUAUUGAGCAAAUGUUUCCCAAUAAUUCUGAUCAGAGAAACAAUUUACACCCUGCACAUUCGUUUCCAGAACUAAAGUUAGGUGGCCAGCUGUCUGGCUCAGUAUCAUCAUUUGGUGCAUCCACUUCAAAUGGAUCUGCCAUCGAGACACUAUCUGGGCCCCAGUUUCUUUGGGGAAGUCCCACUACUUUUUCAGAGAACUCGAAGUCGACUGCCUGGGCAGCUCACUCGGUCGGGAAUCCUCUGUUAUCUAAUGGCCAUAGGCAUGGAUUUCCUUAUUCUAGUCGACACGCUCCUUAUGCCAGCUCAGCCCAGCAUCAUCAGCAGCAUGUUGGAUCGGCUCCUUCGGGUAUCCAUCAUCUAGAAAGGCACUUUGGCUUCUUUCCAGAAUCACCGGAUACAUCAUACAUGAACCCUGGUGGCUUUGGGGGCAUGAAUCUACCUCCUAAUAAUGGUAGUUACAUGAUGAAUGUCGGUCCUCGAUCUGCAAUGCAUGCUGGUAUUGCAAGUAACAUGUCUGAAAGCAAUUCCCCUAGCUUUAGGAUCAUGUCUUCACCAAGGCUUAGUCCUGUUUUCCUUGGUAAUGGUCCAUACUCUGGGCAAGCAGCUGGCAUGGAGUCUGAGCGCAAUCGCGGUCGACGGAUUGAAACUAAUGCAAAUCAGGCUGAAAGCAAAAAGCAAUUUCAAUUAGACUUGGAGAAGAUUGCUAAUGGUGAAGAUACCAGGACAACUUUGAUGAUUAAAAAUAUCCCAAACAAGUAUACCUCAAAGAUGUUGCUAGCUGCUAUUGAUGAAAAUCACAAGGGCACUUACGAUUUUAUCUAUCUGCCUAUAGAUUUUAAGAACAAGUGCAAUGUAGGUUACGCAUUUAUCAAUAUGCUGUCUCCGUUACACAUCAUCCCAUUCUAUGAGGCUUUUAACGGGAAGAAGUGGGAAAAGUUCAAUAGCGAGAAAGUUGCUUCCUUGGCAUAUGCUCGCAUUCAGGGAAGAGUAGCCCUGAUUGCCCACUUUCAGAACUCUAGCUUGAUGAAUGAAGAUAAGCGCUGUCGACCAAUUUUAUUCCAUUCAGAAGGUGAUGAAGCUGGCGAGCAGAUCAUCCAAGAGCAUAUGCCUUCAACUAGUUUUAACAUUCAGAUACGUCAGCCAAAUGACUCAGAACCAGGCGAUUUCUCAGGAAUCACCGGAAAGGAUGGUCUAGAAGAGAAACCCGAUAUGCUUAUGUAGGAGUAGAAGUGGCUCACCAUAACUAUACUCUGCAGGCUGGCUAAUCGGUGCUAACUUUGUCGUUACUCGUAUAUAUAAUGUUCAAGUGUACAAAUUAGGAAGAGGUUGAUAAAAGAAGUUGCUCUUUAAAAUGCAUUGAAGUAUCUUUAUUGUGUUUUGGAUCCGGACUCGUCUGUUUUUGCUUGAAAGCUCUGGAACCAGCAGCGGCAGCCAUGGUUUGGCAGAUGAUAUUCGGGACCGAAGACUGAACAGCUGAAAGCAAAUUUUCUUUUUCCGGAAAAAAAAACUUGUGUCAGCCAUCGAGUGGCCUGCUGAAGCUGUGAAUAUUUCCCCCUGCUUUGUUUUUUCACGUCAGGGUACCUAAAAUUUUUUGCGAUUUCUGAGUCGGAUCAAAUUGUGCAUAUAUGGUAUCCGUGACUCGGUCUGUAUGGCUUAUGGUUAUAGUCUGUAACUUUUGAGGAUUGUAUUGGCACGCUAUUUACAAGCCUUGUACAGUGGGAAAGGACCAUUGUCAUGGAACUCUGAGACUAAUAUAUAAAAAAUCUCUCUUUAUUUGAA